UGACCUCAACUUGGAUGAUAGCUAGCUAGAUCGAUCACCACCGCCGCUGAUGAUCUGGGGAUGCCCAUGCUCACCGGUCCUCCUACCUCUUCCUCUCCGCCCCCCCCCCCCUCCCCCUAUUAUAUUUAGUGCUGCUAGCCCUACUGCUACAACUACAGUACUAGUACACCCCUUCUCUCUCUCUCCUCUCGGCUUGUGGGCAGCAGCAUCUGCAUCUCUUGCCAGCCAGCCAGAGCCAGAGCCAGCCCAGCCCAGGCUUGUACUGCCGCCACUCCCAAUCCUAGCUCUAGCUCGAGCUCUCCCUUCUUCUCCAUCCUCACCCUCCUCCUCCCUUUUCUUUCCCCUUUUCCUCACACCCCCUCUUUCCAGUUUGUGCUGUCUGCUGUGCCUCCAGCUACCUUUUAAUUUCUCCCACCGAUCCACCACUCGCCUCAUGCGCGCUCAUGGCCGCAGUCUUCCCCACCUCAAUUCCGCUGUAGCACAAGCCUACUACUGCCGCUGCUGCUACUAGCGCCAAGGACACCAAGCCGGCCGCGCGGCAUGCAGCAGCCGGGCAUGCCUCCAUUCUUCGGGACGCCGGUGGGGGUGGCCCAGAACGCCGCCACGCCCGCACCAGCUCCAGAGGGACAGCAGCAGCAGCAGCAGCAGCAGGUGGACGCCAGCGGCACGGCCUCUGCAGCAGCAGCAGGCGACCAUGAAGCGGCAGCAGGGAUGUCCAUGUCCGCGGGCGGCGACGAGGGCGACCGCGGCGGGCCGUCGGGUAACCGGUGGCCGCGGCAGGAGACGCUGGCGCUGCUCAAGAUCCGGUCGGAGAUGGACGCCGCGUUCCGGGAGGCCGCCCUCAAGGGACCCCUCUGGGACCAAAUCUCCAGGAGGCUGGAGGCCAUGGGCUACAAGCGCAGCGCCAAGAAGUGCCGCGAGAAGUUCGAGAACGUCGACAAGUACUACAAGCGCACCAAGGACGGCCGCGCCGGCCGCGGCGACGGCAAGGCUUACCGCUUCUUCUCCGAGCUCGAGGCCCUCCACGGCGCUUCUUCCUCGCCGGCGUCCUCUCUCGCGCCGACACCCGUGGCUAUGGCGCCGCCGCCCACGCCGCUCCCCGUUCUGCCCGCGCCCGCCAUGCAUGCCGAGCCGCCGCCUCGUGUCGCCGCCGUGCCGCAGCCGGCGCCGCCGAUGAGUGGCACCACCGCCGCGCCUGCAGCGGCCGCCAGCGGCGCGGCAUGCAUGAUGACGACGCCCGGCGACGUGAUGAGCUUCUCCUCGGGCUCGGAUGGGGAGGACACGGAGGACACAGGCGACGGCGGCAAGCGGAAGCGGCAUGGCGGGGACGACGUCGGCGGCAGCAGCAAGAUGAUGCGCUUCUUCGAGGGCCUGAUGCGCCAGGUGAUGGAGCGGCAGGAGGAGAUGCAGCAGCGCUUCAUUGAGGCCAUCGAGAAGCGGGAGCAGGACCGGAUGAUCCGCGAGGAGGCGUGGCGGCGCCAGGAGGUGGCGCGCCUCGCCCGCGAGCAGGACGCGCUCGCCCAGGAGCGCGCCAUGGCCGCGUCCCGCGACGCAGCCGUCGUCUCCUUCAUACAGCGGGUCACUGGGCAGACCAUCCCGAUGCCCUCUGUUGCGCCGCCGGCAUUAUUCAUGACACAUCCGCCGCCCUUGCAGCCAACGCCGGUGGCUUCCGCCGCCCCGGCGCCGGCGCCGGCGCAGCACCAGCAACGGCCCUCAAUAAUUCAGCUGUCGCCCAAAGCCAUGCCGCCGAAGCUUGCACAACCCCAACCACAGCAUCAGACGCCGCCGCCGGCGCAGCCACAGAGCAAGGAGAUGAUCGUCCGUGCGCCGGCGGCGGAGUCGCAAGAUACGACGCCGUCGCCGUCGCCGUCUCGGUGGCCCAAGGCGGAGGUGCACGCGCUGAUCCAGCUGCGCACGGAGCUGGAGACGCGGUACCAGGACUCGGGGCCCAAGGGCCCGCUGUGGGAGGACAUCUCGGCGGGGAUGCGGCGGCUGGGGUACAGCCGGAGCUCCAAGCGUUGCAAGGAGAAGUGGGAGAACAUCAACAAGUACUUCAAGAAGGUGAAGGAGAGCAACAAGAAGCGGCCCGAGGACUCCAAGACCUGCCCCUACUACCACCAGCUCGACGCGCUCUACCGCAGCAAGGCGCUCGCCUCCUCGUCCGGCGCCGGCGUUGCCGCGGAGGCGGCUCCUCCGCGCCCGGCUCAUCAUCAGGCAGCAGGUGGUGGUGUCACCGUGCUGGCCGCGGUGCCACUCUCCCAGACGGCGCCCCACAGCCACGGGGGCAAGCAGGACUGCAGCAACGGCAACGGCAACGGGUGCGCGGGCAGGGGCAGCAGUUCGGACAGCGGCGGCAGCUCCGUCCAAGGCGCCGGCGGCGGCAAUGGCGUCGCGUCGAACAACAAGCUGCUGCAAGAAGAAGAAGAAGAAGAAGGCAUCACCAUCACCAAAGAGACGGCGGCGACGGAGCCGAGGCCGCCGCCGCAGCCGGUGUCGAUGAACGACAGCUACGUGAACGACACCGUGGACAGCGACAGCAGCAUGGACGACGACGACGACGAGGAGGACGAUGAGUUCGACGACGGCGGCGAGGGCAACGACGUUGUUGGCGGCAACAGCAAGAUGCAGUACGAGAUCCAGUUCCAGCGGCCGCAGCAGGGCCAGAACGCGAGCGGCGGCGGCGCCGGGUCAUCUGGCCCCGGCCCGGCAGCGGCAACAAGUGGGUCAUUCCUGACCAUGGUCCAUCACUAGCUGCUAGCUAGGACACACACACCAAAGCGUACAAUACGCGCGUGUGCUCCUUGCUUGCACAGGUACGGUAAAAGUGGGCAUGCAUGAACAUCUACCGGCGACAUCGAUCGAGAGCUCUCCAAAGUAAAUUCCGGCUACAUAUAGCUGUUCAUCAUCGUUUUCAUCACCUGCUCAUUCCCCUGCACAUACACAUACACCGUACAUAUACAGAUGGUACUGGGGUGUACACUACACUGUCGCGUAGAUACUAUACUACUGCGUGUUAAUUUUACCCUGCUAUAUAUACAGUUACCUUGUAUGGUACAAAAGCACAAGGACAUUGCUUGUCUAGAGCUGAGGGAGAAUAAUGUGCUCUUGCGGGAAUUUCUUUAUUUUUUUUGGGUAUACUUUUGGGCCUUUCUUUUUUCUUUCCCCUUUUCAGAAGAGUUACUGAACUGUCCAUUAUGUAAUUUAUAAAUUCGUUAUUACAUAUACUACUGUGGUUAUAUUAAUGACUGUUAAACUAUAUAUAUGUACACUUAUUAGUUGGUAAAUGUAAAUUUCUUGAGGUUCUACAUGCAUGCAUGCAUGUAA